AUGAUUAAAAAUGUCUUUUAUUUAAUUUUUAUAUUUUCAUUUUUUCUGCUAAUAAUUAAAUGUGAAUAUAUAACAAAUGAAAAAGAGGAAAUAAAAUUUGAAGAGGAAACUGUUGAACAUCAUAAAAGAAAUUUAAACAACCAUAAUAAAAAAGAACUAAACUUUACAGCUACUAAUAAUAAAAGUGAAAGAGGGAAGAAAGAAAAAGAAAUAAAAAUUGGUGAUAUUAAUGAAGAAAAUAAUAAUGAAAAAAUAAAUGAAAGUGAAUUAAAUAUAAAAAAAACAAAUAAAAAGGAUGUAAGUAUAAAAACAAAGUACGAUAAUGAAAAUAAAAUAGAUAUAAAAAAGAGAAGAAAAAAUACCAACAAAGAAGAAAAUUUCCUUCUAUUAUAUGAAGAAGAAAUUGAAAAGUAUGAUAGAAUUAUUGAUGAACUAAUAUUAAGAAGUAUGAGUAAGAAAAAUUAUGAUUAUUUUAAUAUAUUAGAAGAAUAUUCAUUAAAAACAAAAUUAAACAGUGAUAUUUAUGAUUCAUUAAAAGAUUUAAUAAAAAUUAUAAACAGUAGUAGUGUUCUUAUACAUUCAUAUAUGGAAAAAAAAAAUUUAUUUAAAUAUGAUAUUAAUGAGAAUAUUUUUAAAAGACAUUUUAUUUUAUCAUUAUUUAGGUGGUAUAAUAGUUUUAAAUUGAUUGAAACGUGUUUUGAUAAGACGAAUUAUGUAUUUUACAUUGAUGAUCAUAAAAUAUAUUCUUACAAAUACACAUAUAAACUAGUUCUAAAUUUAUUGAAUUCAGAAAAUUUUUUAUUUUAUGUUAAUUUUAAUAAAAUUUCUUUUAUUAAUAUACUGGAUAAUUAUAACAAGUAUAAUUUUAAAAUUAAUAAUACUAUAAGAAAUUAUCCUUCUCACUUUUACGUUUGUCAAAGUUUCAAUGAUUUUAUCUAUUCAUACUUUUUACAUUAUAAUCAUCAAUUUUUUGAGAAAUAUAAAUAUUUAGUAGAUAAAGAUAUAUGGGAUAAUAAAGUAACUACAGGUAAUCAUUUAUUUAAAAAAUUAAAAGAUUUAAAUAAUAAUUUGAUUUUAUAUAAAUUUCAGAAUGAUUCUAAUGUAAAAAGUUAUUUAAAUAUGGAAAUUAAGUUGAUUUUCUCAACUUUUAAAGAGUUUAUAAUUGAUAUUUUAAAUAAUUUAUACAAUGAAUAUUAUUUUGAUAAUUUAAGACACAUAAGGGAAAAAAGUAAAUUUAAAAAUGAAGAAAACAAUAAGUUAAAGAAUACUGAAAAUGAAAUGAUAAUAAGUGAUAAUAUAAAUGAAAAUUCUGUGAAUAUUAAUACAAAAAUAUCAAAUAAUUACGAGGAGAAUAAAGAAACAAAUAUAAAUUUGAAUGAUUCAGAUUUAAAUGAAAUAAAUAACAACAUUCAUAAUAAAAAUAAUUUAGGAGAAUAUUAUGAUGAUGUUAUUAAGAAUAAUGUUAAAAAUAAAGAACAAAGUUAUUUUGACAAUCGUAAUAAUGAUAUAAAUGAGAAAAAAGUAAAUAAUGAAGUUAAUAUUGAUAAAAUGAAUAAUUACCAAAAUAAAAUAUAUGAUCAUAGUUAUGAUGAUGAUAUGAAACAUGAUAAUGUAGAAAAUUUAAAAAAAAAAAAAAAAAAUAGUACAAUGUUAGAAAACGAAGAAAACAGUAAUAUAUAUGAAGCAGAAGUUAUGGAUACAAAAGAUGAUGAUAAUGAAGUAUGGAAUACAUUAAUAGAUUCUUACAAUAAAUUAGCAAAUAAUGAAGACUAUAAAAAAUAUAAUAAAUACAUAUUAAAAAAUAUUCAUAAAUUUUUUAAUUUAUCUUCAGAAAAUUUAGAUGAGCUAAAUAAUUAUAAGAAUAAAUAUGAAUUGAAAGAUGGUUAUAUAAUUAAUAAUACUACUGAUAAACGUAUUCCCUUAUUUUUUCAUCCAAUCAAAGAUAUUUUUAGUUAUUUAAACCAAGUACAUAUUAAAAAAAAAAUAAAUUUUAAGGAUAUCUAUGAAUAUUUAGUAACUAUUAAUAAUUAUAAUGAAAGAAACAAUUUUUAUGAUAACCACUUACAAUGUAGAAGUGGUAUAUUUUUUAAGGAAUUUCCAUUAUUAAAAAAUUAUUCAAAUGAAAAAAAAGAAAUAAAGAGCAAUAUAAAAAAUUUAAUGGAUAUAAAUGAAAAGUUUGAAAAAAAAAAUAAUUUUGAAAUUAACAAAAAUAAAUUCAAUGAUACGUUUGUUAAAAAUAAAAAUGAUGGUGACAGUAAUGAAAUGGAAGCAAAUAACAUUAUAGAUAGAGUAAAUAUAAAUAAUAAAAAUGAUAAUGAAAAUAAUUAUUAUAAUAAUUACAAGAAUAUAAAUAAUCAAAAUGAUAUACAUUACUAUGAUUAUUAUAAUAAUAUAAAUUUGAGUGCAUUUACUCCUGCUCCUCUAUUAAUGAAAGACAAAAUUCAUGAUCAAUUAAAAUUAUUAAGAACAAAAUAUACUGAUAAAUUAAAAAAUGAAUCUAAUUGUGUAUUAGCUUUUCUUUAUUUAAUAGGUGUAAAUGAUCAUAAUGGAAAUCUACAGUUUCCAUAUGGAUUUCCUAGAAAUAUAGAUAAAUCAGUUAACUUAAUAAGAAAAGGAAAAGAUGGAUUAUGUAAUUUUUUGAGUGGUAUUUUAUAUCAUGUCAAUUUACCAAUUUUUGUAAAUAAUUCUUCCAUAUCUAUUACAACAGAAGUUAAUGAUGAAGUAUUAGAUGUUAAUGAAAAUUCAAUUAAUAGUUUUUUUUAUAUUUAUUAUAAAAAUAAAUCAGUGUUACGAAAUCAUGAUUUUUUAUCAGAUAAAAAUAGAAUAAUACCAAAUAAAGUUGAUCACAUUAAAUCCAAAAUUGUAUCAUAUUCAUUGGGUUCAACUAAAGAUGAUUUUUAUAGUAAAUUGGCGUUUACAAAUAAUAUUAUUAGAUUAAAAUAUAAAAAUGAAAUGAAUAAUUUUUAUUUAAAGGAUUAUUUUGAUUUUACAUAUGAUAAAAAAGAUUAUAAAAAUUCCUUCAUUAAAAAUAACGUAUCACCCUUUUUAACAUCGUGUGACUAUUUAUUAAGUAACAUUUUAGGAGUAGUUGUUGAUUCUCUAAAAGCUACAUCUACUAUUGAAAGUGGAAUAUAUGAAGAAUAUAUAAAUGAAAAUCAUAAAAAUUUAAUCCGUAACAGUUCAGAUAACAAUAAAAAUUUAUAUGAAUAUUUUUUGAAAUUAGCAGAUAGUAGAAAUUCUUAUGCAUUAGCAGCUCUAGGAGAAAUAUAUUUUUUGGGGAAUGAAAAUAUAGGCAUAGAAAGAGAUGAGCAAAAAGCUUUUGAGUUUUGGAAAAAAGCAGCUGAUCAAGGGGAUAGUAUAUCUGCGUUAUCAACAGGAUAUGCAUAUUUAGAUGAAUAUAAAAAGUUUUCAAAAAAAGAAGAAACUAUUAAAAACAUGAAUAAGGAAGAAUUAAUUAAUUUGAUAAAAUCAGAAAACUCAAAUAACGAAAAAAAUAGUACAGAAUUCGAUAUGUAUCAAGAAUCUGACAAAAAAAAAAAAAAAAAAAUAAAUAAAAAUGAAAAAAAAAACAAUAAUAAUGAUAGUAAUAAUAAUAAAAAGGAGAAUUCUAAUGAUUAUUACUCUUUUUUAUCAACUGAAAAUAAGGAAGUAAUUUCUAAAACAACUACUAAUGAAACUAAUAAUUCAUUAAAUAAUACAUCAAAUAAUAAUGUUUCACCAGAUCAAACACAAAUUCAAAAUAAUUCUAGUAAUUAUGAUUUUUUUAUGAACGGAACAUCUAAUUUUUCUGAUUUCUCUAAUAAUACCUAUCAAACUAAUUCAAAUAAUAUAAACACGAAUGAUAUAAAUAGUAGCAAUAUAGAUAUGAAUAGAACAGUUGAAAGCAAUAUCAAUAUUAAUAAUAAUGAUGUAGAUAUUAAAAGAAUUAAUAAGGUUAAUAAAAAUACUGAAAAUAAUGAUGAAACUAAUGAUGAAAAUAAUAAUGUAGAAAACUUGAAAGAAAAAGGAAAUGAUGAAAAUGAUGAAAUUAUAAAAAAUUAUAUUCUUAAUUUAAAUAAUAAGGCUAACAAAGCCUUUAAAAAUGCUGAGAAUUAUUUUAAUAAAGCUAUAAGAAAUAAUGAUGGAAGUUUAGAAAGCGCAUUGGCUAAAUAUAAUAUUUAUAAAUUUGGUUUAGGUAGAAAACCGAAUAUAGAAUUAGCAGGAUAUUAUUUAAAGAAAGCUGCAGAAAAAGGAGAUAAUAUUGCUCAAAUGUUAUUAGGUCAUUAUUACUCUGGAACAGAUAUAGGAAUUAAAUUAAAUGAUUAUAAUGAAGAUAAAAUAGAAAAUUUAAAAAAAUCAUAUAAAUAUUAUGCACUAUCAGCAAAAAAUGGAAAUUUAAUAUCUUUAUAUAAUAAAAGCAUUCUAAUUCUAAAAGGUAUAAAUCCCAAAUUUAAAUCAUUCAAUGAAAAAUGCUCAAAAACAUUGAAAUAUUUUCAUUUCAUUAGCUUAUUCAAUGAACGUUUAUAUGUUUUAACAAAAAUGUUAAAAAGAAAUUAUGAAUUUAAAGAUUAUACAGGUUCUUUACUACUAUCUAUUAUGUUGUCAGAGUUAGGAGAUCAUCCAAGUAAUGUUAAUGCUUCAUUAUUAUGGAAUCUAAAAAAAAAAACUAUGAAAAAAUUUACGGAAAAAUAUAACAUUAUUGAAAAUAUAUUAAAAAAUUUCAAUAUAUCCCUAAAUAAAGAAAAUACAAAUAGUAAUAAUAAUAAUGAAAAGGUGAAUAAUGAUUAUAUAUAUAGUUCCAAUGAUAUUAAUAAAAUAAUAAAAAGAAUAUAUAAUAAAGAAAAAAGUGUUAGAUAUUCAUAUAAGAAUAAAGGAAGAAAACAUUCAAGAUCAUUACUAAAAAAUUGCAUGAUGAUAAGUGUAUUUAAUAAAAAAAAAUAUUUUACUCAUGUAAAGUUUUGUCAUUAUUUGAAGAGUGAAUUGUUACGAAUUAAAAGAAGUACUAAUAACUAUAAACAUAAUGAGAAUAAUAAUGACAAACAUAAUUUAAAUGAAACAGUACAUGGUAAAAAUAAUGGAAAAAAAAAUAGUAGCUAUAGAAAUGUUGAAGAAAAAGAAGUCAAUUAUUACGAUACAUACUACUUAUCUAAAUAUUUCAAACAAAUAGAUUUAUAUGAAAAAUAUGAUAAAAUUAUAAUAAAUGAAAUGAAAAAAGAAAAAAACAUUGAAGAGAAAAUUAAAAGAUUAAAAAAAAUGAAAUAUACAAUAUUGGAACAUUUUAGAAUUACAGAAUUUCUGCACUGCUAUUAUAAGCCAAUAUCUUACUAUCAAAUUAAAUUAGAAGAAGAAAAACAAAUGAAACAACAAUAUAAUAAUAGAUACAUUGGAGAAAAAGGUGAAGAGGAAAGAAAAAAUUUAUAUGAAUCUGAAUUUUCUAGAUAUUCAAGUUUACUAGAAAAUCAUGAUAUACAGGAAAUAUUUUAUUAUAAAAAGAAAUAUACAUCAAAUAUAUUUGAAGAAAUUCAAAGUUUCUCUAAUAAUUGUGAUGUAUGCAAACAGUAUUAUGACAUAUAUUCGUCUUAUUAUGGUUAUAAGAAAGCGACUAUUGAUUUGAUCAAAAAAUAUCACGAAGGUGAUGAAUUUACUGUAAAAAGUAAACGAAAAGAAUUACAAUAUAUGAUAAGUGAUUCUGAUGCAGAAAAUCAUGAAUCUCUAUAUUAUAAAGCUCUUUUUUUAGAACACAACAAUUUAGAUAAUUUGAAAAAUAUUUUAGAGAUUUAUUUUAAAUUAGCUAUUGAUAAUCAUAAUGCUUGUAAUGUUAUUGGUUUUUUAGGUAUUUUAAAAAUUUUUUUUAAAAAAAUAUUUUAUGAUAUCAAUAUUUUUAAUAGAAAAAAAAAAUAUCAAUUUCCGCUAAAUACAUUUAUAGAUUUUAACAAAUGUCCUUUGCAAAAUUAUUAUUUAUUUAAAACAGAAUUUGAUCAAAAAUGUUUUAAUUUUGAUUAUUUGAUAAAAGAUAAUUAUAUUUAUUCGCAAAUUAGAUAUUUUGACUUUUUGAAGGUUUUGUAUAAUUUAAUUUCUUCUUUUUUUAAAAUAAAAUAA